AUGGGCGAUGGGGGCGCCGAGCGCGACCGCGGCCCCGCUCGCCGGGCGGAGUCUGGUGUCGGCGGUCGGCGCGAAGGGGACCUUGGCGGAGCGGAGGACUCGCGAGCCGUUGCGGGCGGCCGAAGCCCAAGGGAGGUUGCGGGAACCUCGGCCUCCAGCCCCGCGGGCUCCAGGGAGAGCGGCGCCGACAGCGACGGGCAGCCCGGGCCGGGCGAGGCGGACCACUGCCGCCGCAUCUUGGUGCGAGAUGCCAAAGGGACCAUCCGGGAAAUCGUUCUGCCCAAGGGCCUGGACCUGGACCGGCCCAAGCGGACGCGCACAUCCUUCACAGCCGAGCAGCUGUACCGCCUGGAAAUGGAGUUCCAGCGCUGCCAGUACGUGGUGGGCCGUGAGCGCACCGAGCUGGCUCGCCAGCUGAACCUGUCCGAGACCCAGGUGAAGGUCUGGUUCCAGAACCGGCGCACCAAACAGAAGAAAGACCAGAGCAGAGACCUGGAGAAGCGGGCGUCCUCCUCCGCCUCCGAGGCCUUCGCCACCUCCAACAUCCUGCGGCUGCUGGAGCACGGCCGGCUGCUCUCCGUGCCCAGGGCGCCCAGCCUCCUGACGCUGACCCCCGGCCUGCCAAGCCUGCCUGCCGGCCCCAGAGCCACCUCGCUGGGUGACCCCAGGAACUCCUCCCCGCGCCUGCACCCGCUGCCCGCGGCGGCCACGUCGCCGCCGCUGCCGCCCCCGCUGCCGGCCGUGUGCUUCUCCGCGGGCCCGCUGCUGGACCUGUCGCCCGGCUACGAACUGGGUUCCUCCGCCUUCGAGCCCUACAGCCGGCUGGACCGGAAAGUCGGCAGCCCCGGCGGCGGCAAGAAAGCCAGCAGCACCUAA